AUGCCACGAAACAAACCCCAUCUCCAACUCGCGCUCUACGCUCGUCCCAAGCAUCCCGGGUCCUAUCAUUACGCCUUUUUUGUAGCGCCGAAGAAUGGGCAAGCGCCGGCGACCAAACAUCACGUCAAGAACACAUGGCAAGUCGAUGACUCCGGAGGCAUGACACAGCCCUGGCGAUACGAAAACGUCGUCGUAACAGACAUCAGCACCGAAUUGCGCCUCCUGGCGCGCUUUGUCAUCGCCAAAGUCUCCGCAUCUUCUCCCGAUCAGGUGCAAGGGAUUCUCGAAAGCGUACCUGUGGACAAUGCCGAAUUGGGAGCGAGGGAGUUUUCGUGUCGCACGUGGAUUCGAGAUGCCUUUGAGGAAUUGAGACGGCAUGGGGCGAUUACGACUGGCAAGCUUGAGAGCUGGGAAGAUGUCCAGCGGGAGGCGUUGGAAUAUCUUGAGAAGAAGAGACGGCAAGGCAGGUGGGAAAGUUCGUGGAAGGGGGUCGGGGGAGAUAUCCCAUUGAUGGAUCUGAUAGGAGGGAGGGAGGUAGUUGAGUAG